CAUACUUUGAUAAUACAAUGUAAAACUUGAAUUACAACCAUGCAUGUUACUUCUACAUGGUUAUUUUGUCUAGCAUAUUUGAUUCAGCAUAUAUACUCUGUACAUUGCACAUCAACAAACUUUACAGUGAAUGUGACAGAUACUGGUGGGUAUGCUUUACAAGUCAAUGGCGUAACUUGGUUACAGAAUGCUCCAACAUUCUUCAAUGAGAAUGGUACAAAGUAUUCAACCGAAGAUGGAUCAUUGAACCUUACAACACAACUUACUACAUAUCAUGGAGCAGACACCGUGGGGGAUUUCAUCGGAUAUAAAUUCCAGUAUACAGCCUCAUCAGGCCAAAUGAUGGUUACAAUUAAAGACUAUUCUCCUCAACCAUAUGUCAUAUUUGAACAGAAAUACCUGACGAAAACAAUGAAAACAAAGAACAGUGUAUGUCCACCUCCAAAAUACCCUCCUGUUCCUUACCUUGGAACUUGUUUCAAUGAAACUAUAUCUGGAUUUCCAUCAUUCUUAGUUCAACAACCAAGCAAAGCAAAACUAGGUUUUCUCAGUCUUGGCGGGAAAAUGUUUGGUGACUUCGCAAAGUCGACAGGACGGUUUAGUGAUUCGGAUAUAGGCGUGAUAGCAGAUGGCAUGCGAAGUGGACCUUUAGCUUUAUUUGAUGAAACUGGUAACACUUUAUUGAUAGCACCAUUUACGAAAUUUAUGACUACAUCUUUAUGGUACGAGUCUGGGCCGAGUCCUCGUCUUAGUUGGGGAAUUAUGGGAGGGGUACAUGAGGUACCCGCGGAUUAUACUUCAAGCACUAUAGUUAUCACAGGUUCUGGAAUUAACAAAGCAUUUCAGACUUACGGUACCAUUCUAAGAAAGUUUUACUCAACGGAUGUACAAAGAAAUUCAGCAAUUGAAAAAGACAGAACAAUUCAUUACUUGGGAUACUGGACAGAUAACGGUGCUUUUUAUUACUACAAUCCAGAGAAAAAUAAAACAUAUGAACAGACUAUGUUGGAUGUGAAACAGUAUUCCGUGGAGCAACAUAUUCCUUAUAAGUAUCUUCAGCUUGACUCUUGGUGGUAUUAUAAAAGUAAGAAUUUUGAGGCAUUAAAGGAAUGGACCGCCCGACCAGAAGUUUUUCCGAACGGUUUGAGAAAUCUGACUCUAGCGACAAACUGGCCUAUCGCCGCCCACAACAGAUAUUGGUCAAACGAGACAGUGUAUGCUAAACAAAAUGGAGGUAGUUAUACAUUUGUUAAAGAAUACAUACUGUCACUACCUAACGAUCAGGCAUUCUGGAAUGAUUUACUAUCAAAUGGAACUGAAUGGGGACUUAUACUUUACGAACAGGACUGGCUGAACAUACAAACAUUGUUUACUGGUGCGCUGCAGACGGACCUUAAUCUUGGAGAAACAUGGUUAACACAAAUGGGAAACGCAGCAAAAACCAAUGGAUUAUCUCUUCAGUACUGCAUGGCAUUACCUAGACAUGCGCUACAAUCUCUAACUAUUCCACAAGUUACGCAGGUUAGAGUCAGUGAGGAUUAUUUACUCGACCCUUUGCAAUGGAAGAUUGGUAUAUCAUCAAUUUUUGCAUAUGCAUUAAAUGUUAGACCAUAUAAAGACACAUUUUGGACUUCUAAAAAUGAAAAUGUCAAUCUGAGAUAUAAAGGGAAAACCGAACCAUCCCCGGCUCUUCAAUCUGUGGUCUCUACGUUAAGUACGGGACCAGUUGGACCCGGUGAUAAAAUAAAUAUAGUGAACAAAACCGUUCUUAUGAGGUGUUGCAAUGAUGAUGGCUUGAUUUUAAAACCAUCAAAACCUGCCACAGCUAUUGACAAACAGAUAAUCAAGGCAGCUUUACUUAUGACUGAUGGUCCACAAGGCGAGGUAUGGUCCACAUUUUCUACAAUCAAUGGACUACCAAAUACAUCAUUUGGAAUAGUACUGGUGGCUGAUCUGACUGGAUCAUAUAACUUACAUCCUUCCGAUACAGGAUUGUCAUUUCAGCAUGCACGAGUAGUAUCUCAUCAAAGUCCACUUAAAUGGGCGCAUUUCGAUGCUAACAAUACAUUACAACUAUCUGGAUGCACGAUCCUAGACUUUUGCCUGUAUUACUUCUCAACACCCAUACUAUUACAAUCUGGUAAAAUAGUAUAUAUAUUAGGAGAACAAUCUAAAUGGGUUCCAGUGUCACCACAAAGAAUAACCAAAAUAGAUGUUUUAUCCGAUACCUUACAUUUGCACAUUAAUGGGACAUCUUCAGAGACUAUUACCAUGAAUUUUAUUAUAGAUGACCAAUUAAAACCCGUGACCUGUACAGUUUCCAAAAAUAUCAACCUUUACAUUGACGCAGUGAAAUCUGUAUGUUCAAACACACUUCCAACUAGUAUAGCAGCGAGAACAAGCCUACAUACAAAUAGUUUUAUAUUAUUGACUUUUUUCAUUACAUUAUUGUUUUAAUUCUUAAAA